ACUCAACGACUGCCGCCUGGUGAGAUAUCGUGACCUCUGUCCUGUCCUACCUGCGAUUGCAGUCAGACGUGUUUUUCGCGCUUCCCCGAAUCCGAUCGUGGAAUCUAAGCAAAAUGUCCCGUUUCAAAACGAUUCUGGCGGCUUCGAGAAGUCUCAGUUUGUCCCGAACUAAAUUCGCCAGCGUCGUAAACUCUCUUGAUCUCGUCGCGGUGACUGGGAGCGGCCAACGAGCACUCUGCACAACAUGUCUGCUCAACAAGGCUGAGGACAGGAGGUCUAUGAUGGCGUCCCUCCCCAAGAAAGACGAAGGCACUCAGGGCGAUAAAUCGGCCGACAUCGACGCUUCCCACCUAACCAGGAGCAUGUUUCCCGACGAAGACACCCCCAAUCUCCUCUUCGAUGGCGUCCGGUUCCAAGAUCUGCCCAUCUGCCACAUCAAGUGUAGCCUGAACAACACCAUCUUGGCACUGACCGACCGAACAGGUAAACCGGUUGCCAUGAAAUCGGGCGGAACUGAAGGCUACAAGAAUGCCAGGAAAGGUACAACUGUUGCGGCGCAAGCGGCGGCACUCAGCUUCAGCUCGGUUGCCGAACUACGGGCCAUCAAGAACAUCAGGGUCAUUGUCAAGGGCCUGGGCCCAGGAAGGCUGGCAUCCAUCAAAGGUCUUCAGAUGGGCGGCUUAAAUGUAGUUUCGAUCACCGACCGGACGCCAGCACCUGAGAAGUGUCCUCGUCCACGCAAAGCAAAGAGGCUUUGAUUGUCAUCACGUCUCGUUGGUUUACGAAAACAUACCUUCAUCACUUUCAUCAGCUGAAAAUUGUAGAAUAUAUUUCUGUAAAUAAAAGCUUCAGAAGUUACUA